AUGCCGGGUGCAGCCUGCUGUACCCGCUCUGCCUGCCGGGGAGCGCUGAGGGGGCUGGCGGAGAAACGGCGGGGCGGGGUGGGGGCCGGCGAACGGGCGCCGAGGAGCCCGGCGGAGAGGGGACCGGGGGCGCUGGAGGAGAAGGGGGCGCUGGUCGGGGAGCAGCCUGGCGGAGAGGGGACCGGGGGCGCUGGAGAAGGGGGCGCUGGUGCGGGGGAGCCCGGCGGAGAUGGGAACGGGGGGGCGCUGGAGAAGGGGGCGCUGCGGGGGAGCCUGGCGGAGAGGGGACCGGGGGCGCUGGAGGAGAAGGGGGCGCUGGUGGGGGGAGCCCGGCGGAGAGGGGACCGGGGGCGCUGGAGAAGGGGGCGCUGGUGGGGGUUUGGUGAACGCGGCGGAGAGGGGACCGGGGGCGCUGGAGGAGAAGGGGGCGCUGCGGGGGAGCCCGGCGGAGAGGGGACCGGGGGCGCUGGAGGAGGGGGCGCUGGUGGGGGGAGCCCGGCGGAGAGGGGACCGGGGGCGCUGGAGGAGGGGGCGCUGGUGGGGGGAGCCCGGCGGAGAGGGGACCGGGGGCGCUGGAGGAGAAGGGGGCGCUGGUGGGGGGAGCCCGGCGGAGAGGGGACCGGGGGCGCUGGAGAAGGGGGCGCUGGUGGGGGUUUGGUGAACGCGGCGGAGAUGGGAACGGGGAGCUGGAGGAGAAGGGGGCGCUGGUGCGGGGGAGCCCGGCGGAGAUGA